AUGGAGGCCGUAAAUGGUGCUCGCAAUCCGCGCAAGAGACGCCGGAUGCGCCGCCGCCUCGACCGUCCGGCCAUCUCUGCACACCUGCUUCUCGACGACCGCCUGCAGGGCGAGGUGGGCGUGCUCUCCGAGGACCUCUUUGCUGAUCUCUUUCGGGGUUAUGAUAUUGCUGUAGCUCCCGCCAGCGUCCCUUGGACUAUAUUGCCUAUCCGGGCUGCGGAGAAGAUGGAGGGUACUACAGCAAAACCGCAUUCGUCCCUCCACGUCCCCGCUUCGUCUCUGGCUCUGCAGCCAUUCCUGCAAGCACUCCACGCCGCUUCGCCGAACCGGACCCUACGACGAGACACGCCUAUCGAGAUCCGCAUAUUCGACGUUGUACCGGUUGGAUUAGACACUGUAUACGUGACCCUAGACACCGAGGCGCUGCGGAAACUGGACGAAGUGCACGCAAAAUUCGGUGGCGGCUUCGGCGUUGCGCGGUCCAACGGCGCUGCAAAGGGUCCCAAGGGUAGAUAUCUACAGGCCAAUGGCCCUCACGCGAAGGCUGCAUUACGGGAGCAAACUGCUUCACAGGAGAAGGCAUGGAAGAACGCAGUCCGGGACGCUCUUCAAUCCCCUACCAUCGUUCACGCCGGAGACAUACUGCCACUCCCCCUACCAGCCCACCCCAUCACGCAUGUUCCUCCACCUCCUGCGAAGAUCACGGCAUGUGAACCAGUAAAUCAAGGACUCCUGCUGCCUACAACAAAAAUCGUUAUACUCCACUCUCACAAAAGUUCCAAAUCUGCUCCGAUCCUGCCUCCGAAAGCAGCACCCGUCACAAACGGUUAUGGUGAUGACGACGACGAGGAUACCUCCAACGAGCAGUUCUACUCGGCUGCUGAAGAGCGCUCCUCUCAGGGUACCACACCUCCGGGCGACGAAUCCACGGACAAUCUGGACUCUGAGCUGUCGGGUAGUGACGCAGGCGACCUGUCUGACGACUCCGAAGACAUCAUCUCGUUGAAUGCUCCCAUGCUGCCAGCGCAACCGUCAGGGGUCCUUUCCGCGUUCAGCUCCGCCACCCCACGCCCUGGGAAUACCUAUACGAAUGGAAUAGCUACUCCAGGGUCCGUCUUCUCCAGCUUCACAGCCACCACGGCACGCGGAGGAGCCUCCAAAAGUAGGGUCUUCAAGGCGCAGGGCCUCCUGCAAUCGAUUCCCGACGAGCUUAUGCAUCCGAAACCAGGCGUUGACGACGAUGAAGAAGCUCGGAUAUUCGUCGAUACGAACACAUUGGUCAAGGUUGGCUGCUUCUCCGGCGACUGGGUCAAGCUCGAGUCUACAGCAGAACCCUCCCAGCACCCACUUUGGGGUCUUGGCGCCUUCGGCGCUGGUGAAGAGGAGAAGUCUGAAUGGCGACCUGCCCGUAUAUAUGGUCUGCCUGAGACCAUGACGAAGAAGAUUGCGCGCUAUCCCGUUCAUAAGACCGAAAACCACGACCGCAGAUCAAGUAUAUCUGCACUUCCCCAAGCCAUAGCCUCCUCCACAGCAUACCUCUCCCCUAUCUUCCUAGCAAAUCUGGGUAGCCCCUCACAUCUCCGCAUCACAGCGCUGGCGCCUCAUCAACCCUCGCACGUGCCCCGGACUAUGCAGAAGCCACGAUUAACGAGUUCAUCCUUGCCCCCCUCCGCAAAGGAGGUGACCCUUUUGAAGCUCUCCACGCCUCUCUCGUCCGACCGAUUGCUUCAGCCUAGCUUGUUUGCAGCUCUGAAGGAAUAUUUCGAACAAAAGAGGCGCAUUGUGAAGACAGGCGACUUGGUCGGUGUCGCGAUCGACGAGUCCCUUGGCCGGGCUACAUUCCACGCCGCUGAAGGCGAUAUCAGCAGCGAAGAGCUUCUAGCGAAAUCCAAGGCGAGGCCUGGCGAAGACUCAACGACUCUCGGAAGCUCCGCUCCCAAGGCCGUAGCUUGGUUCAAGAUCGGAAAGACGGUCUCGGCUUCUACCCAAGAUUCGGAAGAACCUGAUAUCUGGGGUGGAGUUGUGGUCGUCGACGCAGCCAGUACCAAGAUGGAGAUGAAUGGCAGUGAGCAAGGAAAGAUUCCCCCAACUGUUAGCAGUGCUUGGCAAUAUUACCUCGGUGCAAAGCGUCCUCCAGCCACGGCGAGCUCGCGGACCAUCGCCAUCGAGGAAUUACCGAAACCCUACAUUUCCCCGCUCCGCCGGCGUCUGCGCGAGUUGAUGUCUGUCGCUACCAGUCCUCGAGCGAUUCAUUUGGGUUUACCCCCGAUUGCCAUCCUACUCACCUCAACGCAACGUGGCAUUGGCAAGGCAACUAUUGCUACUAAAGCGUGCGAGGACCUUGGACUACAUACAUUCCCCAUUGACGCCUUCGAUAUUGUUAGCGAGGGUGGUGCUGGUGACGUGAAGACGGAAGGAUUCCUCAAAGCAAGAGCGGAACGUGCCUUGUCUUGUGGACCCGAAUAUACAUCUCUGCUGAUCAAGCACGUGGAUGCUUUGAAUGCCGACCGAAUGAUCACAGCCGUGAAGGAAGUUCUGGCGGAGUCUCGAGUUCUCAUCGCCACCAGCACCGAGGUCGACAAGAUCCCAGAUGGGAUCCGUGGACUUUUCACACACGAGAUUGAGAUGUCCGCUCCCGAUGAGGGCGAGCGUGAAGGAAUUCUUCGAAGCAUCAUCGAUGAUGCCGGAAUACGCCUUGCUCCGGACGUUGAUCUGGGAAACGUGGCCCUGAAAACUGCUGCUUUGGUCGCUGGUGAUCUGCUCGACGUUGUGGAUCGCGCACUGGUGGCCAAGCGGAGGAGGAUCGAGGCUUUGGCCGCAGCUACGGCCAAGUCGAGCGCUUCCCUGACGAAUGUCACGGCGCGAGACAUUGAGCUUGCAGGAGGCCCUUUCAGCAAUAGCUUGACGAAGGCGGAUUUUGAGGCCGCAGUGGAUGCCGCCCGCAAGAACUUUGCGGAUUCCAUUGGAGCACCAAAGAUCCCAAAUGUCACUUGGGACGACGUGGGCGGUCUGUCGCACGUCAAGGACGCCGUCAUGGAGACUAUCCAGCUUCCACUGUCGCGCCCCGAACUGUUUGCCAAGGGCAUGAAGAAGCGCAGUGGUAUCCUGUUUUACGGCCCUCCCGGAACAGGAAAGACAUUGCUCGCAAAGGCCAUUGCGACCGAGUUCUCGCUCAACUUCUUCAGUGUCAAGGGCCCCGAGUUGCUCAACAUGUACAUUGGUGAGUCGGAAGCCAACGUACGUCGCGUGUUCCAGCGCGCAAGAGACGCACGGCCUUGCGUCGUCUUCUUCGACGAGUUGGACUCGGUAGCGCCCAAGCGCGGCAACCAAGGCGACAGUGGUGGAGUCAUGGACCGUAUCGUCUCCCAAUUGCUUGCCGAACUCGACGGCAUGAGUGAUGGCAAAGAAGGCGCAGGAGGCGUCUUCGUGAUCGGUGCGACCAACCGACCUGAUCUUCUGGACCAGGCGUUGCUGCGGCCUGGCCGUUUCGACAAGAUGCUAUACUUGGGUGUCUCGGAUACGCAUGCAAAACAACAGACGAUUUUGAAGGCGUUGACGAGAAAAUUCACCCUGCAUCCCAGCCUCUCGCUCCAACGGGUGGCCUCUCGCCUGCCAUUCACGUACACGGGCGCUGACAUGUACGCCUUGUGUUCCGAUGCCAUGCUCAAAGCCAUCACGAGACAAGCACGUGCAGUCGACGAGAAGGUCAAGGCGUACAAUGCCACCCACGCAAAGUCAAUAUCGGUAGCCUACUUCUUCGACCAUCUCGCUACGGAGGAGGACACGGCAGUCAUGGUUACGGAGGAGGACUUCAUGGAGGCGAACCGCGAACUCGUGCCCAGCGUCAGCGCGGAAGAACUGAAGCAUUAUGAGCGCGUGAGGAAGGCGUUUGAGGGCGCGGGGAAGAAGGAGGACAAGGAGAAGGUGCAGGCACAGCUGGCGAUUACGAAUGGGGACACGCCGCAUUUCGAGAUCACUACUCAGGGUUCGCACGGCGGAGGGAAAGGAAAGGGGACUGGUUCUGCGGAGCACGUGAGCAACAGUCAGGCGGAGAGUAAUCCGCAGCCGAAGUCUAAGCCGGAGGAGGAUGACGAUGACGAUUACGUUAUCCGCACUGAGCACCUCGAUAUCAACGGUGACGGUGCCCUGGCGGAUGGGGCAAGCAGAAAUGGAAAACGAAAAGCAGCAGAGGCAGGAUCGGGCGGAUCGGUGAAACAUGGCAAGGGGAAGAGCAGUGUGGAUAUCGCCGAAGGAGGGUUUGGGGAGGCGGCUCGGGAUGACGAUCUGUAUGAUUGA